AUGGCCAAAGCAAAGCAGGCAAAGGGUGCCAACGUGCCUCACAAGGCUUUGCAUAGCAGGUUGUCUUAUUUAUACCAGGCGGCGACCUAUCUAUCAGCCCAGGAGAAAACUUCCACAGCUCCAGCUAUUCCUACCCCUCCACCAGUUCCCUCUCAACCCCACCUACAAAAUGCCGGCGAUGAAAGCGGUCACAACCAAGUACCGGCUGAGCCCCAGCCAGCCUCUUCUCAAUUUCUCACGAGAGUGCUACUUUCAGACCUCCGCACUGUCUCGAUGAAAAUGCAGAUCCGCCUAUCUCCAGGCAUGAAACACACGAUAUGCAAACGCUGUGACGCACUGUUACAAGACGGCUCAACCUGCGUGACAAAGAUCGAAAACAAGAGCAAGAAUGGAAGGAAGCCCUGGGCCGAUGUGCUGGUACGGACGUGCGGCAACUGUGGCUGCAAGAAGCGAUUCCCCGUCAAUGCGGAGAGGCAACCGCGGCGACCGAACCGGGUGUCUAAAGCUACGACUCAAGUCGGUUGA